AUGCGAGUGCUGUUCUCAAUCCCUCGUGGAUUCCUCCCCACUCCCCGCUUGCCCCAUUGCCGCCCCCGGAUCUCGUCGUCUCGGAAUUUUGUGGCCAGCAGGGCAAUUCGGGUAAAUUCCACGACCACUACGAAUGGCAACCAGCGUCAGGAUAGCUCCUCCAGCUCUAGCUCGACCAACUCCUCAUCUUGGACCGCUACUCGCACCUUGCUCGUCUCCGCAUUAGCUGCAGGUUUAGGCUAUGGCUAUGCCUCGUAUGGACAGAAAUCACCACGAGUGGCGAAGAAGCCACAGUAUGGAUCUACAAAGGAUUUUGAGAAGGCCAUUUCUGAACUAAGAGUGAAAUUGGGCGAAGAUGCCAUUAGCACCGACGAGGAUGAUCUGCAGCAGCACGGUUACUCGGAAUGGUCGAGCCUGAAUGCCGACCGACUCCCCGUUGCGAUCGCCUAUCCUACCAACACCGAAGAAGUCGCCGAGAUUGCCAAGGUCUGCCACAAGUACCGGAUGCCCAUGGUCCCCUACUCGGGUGGCUCGAGCUUGGAAGCCAAUUUCUCCGCACCUUAUGGCGGAAUGACUAUUGACUUUGCCUAUAUGAACAAAAUCUUGGAUAUUCAUCAGGAUGAUAUGGACGUUGUUGUACAGCCUUCUAUUCAGUGGAUGGAUCUGAAUGAAAAGAUCAAGCACACUGGUCUUUUCUUCCCCGUGGACCCCGGUCCAUCCGCAAUGAUCGGUGGUAUGGUCGGUACAAAUUGCAGUGGAACGAAUGCUGUACGGUAUGGCACAAUGAAAGACUCGGUUAUCAACUUAACGGUCGUCUUGGCCAAUGGCGAUAUCAUUAAGACUCGCAGACGUCCUCGUAAGACCUCGGCUGGUUACAACCUCACAGGAUUAUUUGUGGGCUCGGAGGGAACUCUGGGAAUGGUGACAGAAGCUACCUUGAAGCUAGUUCCCAUUCCAGAGCUUACUCGGGUUGGAGUUGUUGCUUUCCCGACCGUCCGUGACUGUGCAUCUACUGCUAUGCAAUUGAUCAGGAAGGGUAUCCAGGUUCAAUGCAUGGAGAUCAUGGACGAAGUUCAAAUGGACGUUAUCAAUAAGGCAGGUGGGACCGGCAGAACUUGGGGCGUAUCUCCCACGCUGUUUUUCAAGUUCAGUGGAACGACAGCAGGUGUUGCUGAUAGCAUUAACUUGACGAGACAACUUGCUAAGAAUAAUAAUGCCUUGGAAUUCACAUUUGCAAAGGAUGAUAAAGAAGCACAUGACCUGUGGUCUGCGCGCAAACAGUCUCUGUGGAGUAUGAUGGCACUACGCAAGGAAGGUUCCGAAGUAUGGUCAACGGACGUUGCAGUGCCGCUCUCCAGGUUGCCCGAUAUCAUCGAGGUCUCGAAGAAGGAGCUGGACUCUCUGGGUCUAUUUGCCAGUAUCCUCGGGCAUAUCGGUGACGGCAACUUCCAUGCGAGCAUUAUGUACGAUCGUCAAGAUCCAGCGGAGCGAGCCCGAGUUGAGAAAGUCGUCUAUGAUAUGGUCGAUCGUGCUCUUGAAAUGGAGGGCUCUUGCACGGGCGAACACGGCGUCGGUCUGGGUAAGAAAGGAUCUCUGCAGAAAGAGCUUGGCCCGGCUACAAUUGACGUUAUGCGGAGUCUUAAGCGCUCCCUUGACCCCCAUUGGCUUUUGAAUCCAGGAAAGAUCUUCGACCUUGAAGAAGAUCCAUGA